AUGGAGGCGGCUGGAGCGUUAGCAAGUUUGGCACCGUCGCCCAUCACAGUGCUGGGUCUGAUACCACUCCUGGCUCUCGGGAUCACGUACUUCAGAUACCAGCAAUACGAUCCGGAGUCUUACAUUACGGAAGUUAAUACUAUAAUGCCGAUAUACGAUUUCGUGAUAGUCGGCGGCGGGUCGGCCGGCGCUGUGGUCGCAUCGCGACUGUCCGAGAUCGGCAAUUGGACAGUGCUGCUGCUCGAAGCCGGUCAAGACGAAACUGAGAUCUCCGACAUUCCAGCGCUGGCUGGGUACACGCAGCUCUCCGACAUGGACUGGAAAUUUCAAACGACGCCUUCCAACAACCGCUCGUACUGUCUCGCUAUGAACGGCGACCGCUGCAACUGGCCCAGGGGCAAAGUGUUGGGCGGGUGCAGUGUCCUCAACGCGAUGGUAUACGUUAGAGGCAAUCGGAACGACUAUGAUCUGUGGGAAGCGCUCGGCAACCCCGGCUGGUCCUACGACCAAGUUUUACCAUACUUUUUGAAAUCCGAGGACAACCGAAAUCCAUACCUCGUGAACACUCCCUACCAUUCGGCUGGUGGGUACUUGACAGUACAAGAGGCACCGUGGCGUACUCCAUUAUCGAUAACAUUCUUGAAAGGUGGUAUGGAACUGGGUUACGAAUUUCGCGAUAUAAACGGCGCGAAGCAAACCGGUUUCAUGCUGACCCAGGCGACUAUGCGUCGCGGCAGUCGAUGUAGUACGGCUAAAGCUUUCCUAAGACCAGUCCGCCUAAGAAACAACCUCCAUAUUGCCCUGGGAGCGCAGGUAACGCGGAUUUUAAUUAACCCAGGAAAGAAGCAAGCUUACGGCGUCGAGUUCGUUCGGAACGGUCAGAAACAAAAAGUGCGAAUAAAGAGAGAGGUAAUAAUGUCGGCGGGCGCGUUGGCGACGCCCAAAUUAAUGAUGCUAAGCGGGAUCGGUCCGGCGGAUCAUCUGCGGGAGCACGGCAUACCGCUCAUCGCGAAUUUGAAAGUCGGUCACAACCUACAGGACCACGUCGGACUUGGCGGUUUAACGUUCAUAGUAAACAAACCGGUCACUUUCAAAAAGGACCGUUUCCAAACAUUAGCUGUCGCAAUGGAAUACAUUCUAUACGAAAAAGGCCCGAUGACUACGCAAGGCGUCGAGGGGCUCGCUUUCGUAAACACCAAGUACGCCCCGCCGUCGGGCAAUUGGCCUGACAUACAAUUCCAUUUUGCAGCGAGCUCGGUCAACUCCGACGGUGGUGAACAGAUACGAAAAAUCUUGAAUUUACGCGACCGAGUAUACAAUACUGUGUACAAGCCGAUUGAAAACGCCGAGACUUGGACGAUACUCCCCUUGCUUUUGCGCCCAAAGAGCUCCGGUUGGGUGAAGCUCCGCAGCAGGAAUCCAUUCCAGCCUCCAUCGAUAGAGCCUAAUUACUUUGCUUAUAAGGAAGAUUUACAAGUUCUCACUGAGGGUAUACGGAUAGCUUUCGCGCUGUCAAACACAACAGCAUUCCAAAGAUAUGGAUCUAGACCUCACAACAUUCCAUUGCCGGGCUGCCAACACCUGGCUCUGUUCAGCGACGAGUACUGGGAGUGCAGUUUGAAACACUUCACGUUUACGAUUUAUCAUCCGACCGGCACGUGUAAGAUGGGGCCGAAGCACGAUCAAGACGCGGUCGUUGAUCCCAGACUGAGGGUGCACGGUGUAGCAAACUUGCGGGUUAUCGACGCGAGUAUCAUGCCAACAAUAAUCAGUGGCAACCCUAACGCGCCCGUGAUCAUGAUAGCCGAGAAAGGGUCCGAUAUGAUCAAAGAAGACUGGCUUGUGUUAUGA